GUCGCACUUCUUCACAUUCCGUCUACUGUCGUGUGUUCGGCGCGGGUCCGAUGCCGUGGAGGUGUUGUGUUCCCGGGUGUAAAGGCUACGACGAGGCGAAGUCUAUGGGGGUUAUUUUCCACGGUUUACCGACGAGGGACCCGCAGCGCUGCACAACAUGGCUGCAGGCGAUACGGAACCCCCGGUACGACCCGGACAACACGCCGGUGUCUAAAUAUAGCGGCGUGCGCGUGUGCAGCCUGCAUUUCCAACCCGAGGACUACGAGGAGGACUUCCGGGCGAAGAUCCUGAACAUCACGCCCAAGCCGGUGCUGAAGAGCGGCGCUGUCCCGUCAGUGUUCCCCGGGAGAGAGCGCGGCGACCUGCGGCGCUGCAGGGAGCUCCUCUCAGGCCCCCCCCACUCCUGCAGACGAGAGCUUCUGCAUCGUGGUGUCCGUCGACCCUCUGGACGACAGCUUCCACUCAGAACCGGAGUUCGCCUCCAGAACCACCUCCGACGAGUCCGACGAAGACGGCGAUACGGACCGCACCAUCGUGCACAGCCGCAGCCUGAUGGAGCUGUUCCGGACGUGUCAGACGUGCGGGCGGCCCAUUGCGGAGAAGGAGGUGUUCCACGCAGGGGCACAGAUGAGGGUGAAGUGGAGGUGUCACGGGGGACACUCGGGGGUGUGGAAGUCCUCGCCUCACAUGAGAGACACGCUUCCAUAAACACGUUUCUUAUAGUAAGUCUCGGGAACCGGAGAGCGCUGCGGUGGCAGCAUGAGGAGGAAACGUCCACAGCCUGCAGGCAAGUCGUCGUGGAGGAGCAGCGGGAGAAACUUGUGCAGCUUCACAACCAACCAACUGGUUGUAAACAACAGACGCUCCGCAUGGACGCUCUACAUGGACGCUCUGCAGCGACGCUCUACAUGGACGCUCUGCAGCGACGCUCUGCAGCGACGCUCUACAUGGACGCUCUGCAGCGACGCUCUGCAUGGACGCUCUGCAGCGUUCAGAGAGUCUGAGCCGCAGUUUAUCAAAUCUGAAGAUCUGAUGCUUUUCUGUUUUCUAGUGAAGCGACUUCACUUGUUGGACAAAGAUGGAAUAUUUAUAUUGGAAUAUUUUGGGGGGAAAAUGAACAUGAAGUUUCUCUUUUUCAGAUUUCUAAAUCAAUUUAUGGACUUUUAUUGUGGACAGACGUCAGAGAUGAAGACUGAUGAAGACGAGUUAUGAAGUAGUUUGUUUUUCAUCCGUCAAUUUCUUUAUUCUGUUUUUUUUGUCAAACACAAAUGUAUCUGCAUCGAACUCGUCUGUAAAACUAAACCAAUAAAAUUAAUAAGUUAUUAAUU